AUGAGCAGCGUUACCUCCGCCUUCGAUUCCUUCCGCUGCACGUACCAUGGUGCCAACGACUCCGUCAACGACAUCGAUGUCGAUCCGAAUGGUGACCGCCUUUAUGCGGCGUGCAGCAGCGGAGAUGUUUGUGUCUGGGAUAUCCAAACUCAGGAGCUGAAGGCGCGACUGUGCCACCCACAGAGGGUGAAUGCUGUUCGGUGCUUUCCGUUGUGCAACUCAGCAGCUUCAUGCGCGACGCCGCUACAGCCUCCGCCGGCGGAGAUCCCAGUAGUAGUAUCCGACAGAGAAGACCGUGAUGCUCUUAACCGUGACUCCGUCGCUCAUUAUGACAUACGCUGGGUUCUAACGGGCAGCGAGGAUGGUGUGGUUGUCGUCUGGUGCCCAGUGACUUAUCGCAUGCAAAACAUGUGCAGACCUUGUAGCGCUGCCAUCACAGCCCUGCAGCUCAUCCCUGAACCAUCUUCCCGCGCCGCGAGCAAGGAGGGUGCGUCGGAGAUGGAGCACCGCACCAGUGAUCCGCGGCACAGGCGGAGAUAUAUUGAAGUCGACGACGGCCCCGCCAUUUGCUGCGCGGCAUCUCUGCGUAACGUGUGUAUCUUACGCGUCACGACCGCGUCGUCGGAGCUCGUGCUGCUGCGUGCGUUCCAGCACCACGCUCUUAUCACGGCCCUCACCUACGUCGCCCCGUCCAUGUCUCUCUCAACGCCACUGCUGGUAGUGGGACAAGAGGAGGGCACCCUUUGCGUGUGGAACUGCGCAGCAUGGACCUAUCAUGACACGAUGCCCUAUCCCACCGGAGAGGUCGACGUGGCAGCCGACGCGCGCGAUGAUCCCACGUCGGUGCAUGAGCCACUGUUCCAGCACGGUCGUGUCUCCAAGACGUUUCUCUACAACUGCAGGCGGUGCAACCCAUCGAGUGAUCAGGCGCCUCUCGCGGAGGAAGCACCUGCGACAGCGUCUGUGAAUCCCUCGGACUACAUUCGAGAGAUGCCAGCCUCGGUGUCGGCGGAGGCCAUGAGUGUGCUGGAGAGCAACUGCGGCACCCUUCCCCACAGCGCAAAGCAGGCGUUUCUAGAGCAGCAGCAGCAGGACCAGGGUGGCUUGAGGUUCCCUGCCGCGCCGAGAGACUGGAGGUAUGACUCUCGUCGCGUUACCUGCCUGACAGCGAGCCGCAGUUCCACGCACGGCAGUAGGAACUCGUACCUCUACUCGGGUCAUGCAGCUGGGGAGGUGCUCCUCUGGGGAUCAGUCCGGAGAGAACUGACUUUGCUGCUCUUACUAAAAAAAAUUGUUCUCUUUAGCCCGUCUGUGUGGGUUUGGCAUCUGUGUGCCGUGCCCACGCUGCACAUCAGUAUGCCUCAGCCAUCGGAGCAGAAGCUCGGUCUCAAGGCAGGUGCUAAGGCGUCCUUGCGGCCGGUAAAUAGUAGAAUGAUCAGUGGAACGAAGUCGAAGAGCACGAUGCCCCUCUCCUCCACUCGCUGCGCGCGUGCAGGAGUGGCCUCUCCUCUCUCGACCACGCAUGUAUCGCCUCUUGAGCUCAUUGUCUGGUCGGACAGCGGAGCGGUCGAGUACGUCAGUACCCGCAUGGGUCACGUGCUGCAUCGCCAAGGCCCCGGCUUCGUCUCUGCGGCGGCUUGUGUCUGGGGGAGUCCGACGAUUGCACCCCCGCCAGCACCUGGGCCGGUGAGCACGCUCGGCAGUGACUACGCUGCCGCUGCCACGUCGUCAACGAAGCCCACCUCGAAACGCAGCGGUGGUGCUGUAGGAGGCGGACACGCCAGUUCCUUGUCAGCGCACCAGUACCUCGUGAUGGCCGGCUUUGACGGCCGAGUAGAGCGGUAUGACGCCACCGAGGUGCUCGAGUUGGUGAAGAGCUCUGGCAAAUUAUUUUAG